UUCUGCCAUUGCUGCAACUCCAAGAUUCACCACUAACCUCAGCAAUGGCACAAACAAAUUUUCACCCUUCACACAACCAAUCACUCAAUCAAAUACUUCGCAGUUUCAAACAAGUUGGGAUCGAUUACAUCAAUCCUCUGUAUCCAUUUCGCUCUAGUCAGACUCAUUCCAUUAAAAAGAUUCCUCUUUUCCGAAUACCCAUAUCGGAAAAACAAUGUAUUUACUUGAAUUUCACUUCAAAACCCAAAUGGGUAUUCACUAAUUCUAACAUUCCAUCUCCAGAAUGGGUGAAUUUUCCUCUUUUUCGAGUUCCCAAAUCCAAAAAACUGUAUUUUUAUGUAAAUUUCACUUCAAAACCCAAAUGGGUAUACACUGGUUCUAACCUUCCACCUCCAGAAUGGGUGCAGCCAUUCAUUGAUCUUUCUGACUUAGUCACAGACCGCAAAGAUCUCAAACCGUCGCCAUGGGUGUCUCAAAUUUUGAAUCUUUUAGACAAUUCACCAUUGAUGGAGCAGAAUUUAGAUGUUUAUUGUUGCAAAUUUCUCAUCAAAUUAUCGCCUAGUUUUGUUGCAUAUGUGUUGAAGUCAGAUUACCUUACAGGUAAACCCGAUAUCGCGUUUCGUUUCUUUUAUUGGGCUGGUAAGCAAAAAGGGUAUGCUCAUAAUUGUGAAUGCUAUGUGUUUUUAGUUAAGAUUUUAUCUGCUUCACGUGAAUUGGAUAGGAUUAAGCAUGUGUUUAGUGAAUUUAAGCAUAAAGGUUUCUUGAUGAAUGUGGCAGCUGUUAAUUCUUUGAUUAGGAGUUUUGGAGAACUUGGGAUGGUUGAAGAAUUAUUAUUUGUGUGGCGACAAAUGAAAGAAAAUGGUAUUGAGCCUAGUUUAUAUACCUAUAACUUUUUGAUGAAUGGACUGGUGAAUUCCAUGUUUAUUGAAUCUGCUGAACGCGUUUUUGAGGUUAUGGAAAGCGGGAAAGUUAAUCCGGAUAUUGUUACGUAUAAUACUAUGAUUAAGGGGUACUGCAGAUCUGGGAAGCUUCAAAAAGCAAUGGAGAAAUUUAGAGCUAUGGAGGUUAGGAAAGUGGAGCCUGACAAGAUUACCUACAUGACUCUGAUGCAAACGUGUUACGCGGAGGGAGAUUUUGACUCUUGUUUGGGACUCUAUCACGAAAUGGAGGAAAAGGACUUAGAUAUUCCACCACACGCUUAUACGUUAGUGAUUGGAGGGUUUUGUAAAAUGGGGAAGGUUUUGGAAGGGUUUACUGUUUUUGAAAAUAUGAUCAAGAAAGGUUUUAGACCUAAUCUGUCAAUUUAUACUGCUCUAAUUGAUUCAUACAUGAAACAUGGAAACUUGGAUGAGGCUAUGAGACUUUUUGAUAGAAUGAAGAAUGAAGGAUUUGAACCGGAUGAGGUAACAUUUGGGGUUAUUGUAAAUGGUUUAUGCAAGAGUGAGAGGUUGGAUGAGGCCAUGCAGUGGCUUGAGUACUGUAAAAAUAACAAUGUAGCUAUCAACGCCAUGUUUUAUUCAAGUCUUAUUGAUGGUCUAGGAAAGGCAGGGAGAGUUGAUGAGGCGAGAGAACUCUUUGAGGAGAUGGCUGAGAAGGGAUGUACACGUGAUUCUUAUUGUUAUAAUGCGCUUAUCGAUGCCUUGGCCAAAAAUGGGAAAAUCGAUGAAGCUUUGGUGCUUUUUAAGAGAAUGGAAGAUGAAGGUUGUGAUCAAACAGUUUAUACAUACACAAUAUUGAUCAGCGGCAUGCUUAAAGAACAUCAAAAUGAAGAAGCACUUAAAUUGUGGCAUAUGAUGAUUGAUAAGGGUAUAACUCCAAAUGCUGCUUCUUUUCGAGCCCUUUCAACUGGCCUUUGUCUUUCUGGCAAGGUGGCAAGAGCAUGUAAAAUAUUGGAUGAGCUGGCACCAAUGGGUGUUAUCCUGGAGACAGCUUUUGAAGAUAUGAUAAAUGUUCUAUGCAAGGCAGGUCGUAUAAAAGAAGCUUGCAAAUUAGCUGAUGGGAUUGUGGAUAGAGGUCGAGAAAUUCCUGGAAAAGUUCGUACUGUUUUGAUUAAUGCAUUGAGGAAGACAGGGAAUGCUGAUUUGGCAGUGAAGUUGAUGCAUAGUAAGAUUGGCAUUGGAUAUGACAGGAUGGGUAGCAUUAAAAGGAGAGUAAGGUUUCGAGUUUUGGUUGAAAGCUGAGGCAUUGGAUAAAGGGUAGCAUUAAAAGGAGAGUAAAGUUUCGAGCUUUGGUUGAAAGGUGAGAUGGAAGCUGGAUAUUGGGGUUACUAUUGGGACAUUCAAGUAUGCUAUUAUGCUGUCAUGUUUGGUUAUUAGUGAAAUAUUCUGAAGCAAAAUAGACAAAGACGUGACCAGAGAAGCAAUGAACAUGUCAUUUGAUAAAGCUAUGCAUAUCUGCCACUUUAUGGAGUUCUAACAAGCAAAGCAAGAGGAUGUAGCCUUUUGGGGAAUAUGUACUUGCAGUUGCUGUAAAUUUAUUUAUCACUUAUUGCUGGGCCCAGGAAGAUGUCCGCAUACACGGAUGACCUAGAAUUUGCUUCUUUACAGAUGCUCGCAUGCAAGAAGAAUCAUUUGAUAUGGAGAUAGGGAAGUGGGAGCUAAAACCCAGCAGCAGAUGUAGCUAAUAUUUUCAGCAGGCAUUUCCUGUACAACAAGUAAAGAUACAUUCUCUUUUGGAACUUGGAGUGGACCCUUGGUGCACCUAUGAAGACUGGAGCAAUGUGACCAACUUGUUUGUUUCCAAGCCAUUUCUGAGGUAAAAUGUUCUUGAGAUCUUUUAUCUUGGAUGGCUAAUUAAAUUUAUUGGCACAUAUGAGAACAUUACGAGGGACAGUCAUACAGAAGUAACAGCAGGAAAUUGAGACUUAAAAUA